AUGGCAAAGCAUGAGACGAUGGUCGAGGUGGCCAAGGACGACGAACUGCAGCAGUAUUUACAGCUCGAGGCUUAUGGUGGUAAGUACCUGACAGCACAGGAAAUUCUCUUGAUGCAACUUUUUCAUUCUGCAGCUGAUGUGACUACAUUAUCAUCCAAUUCUGGAGUCAAUGACGCAAGUUCGGACUUGAGUGUAUCAACAUCGUCCGGGCUCCUCACGUCUCCUAAAGAUUUAGCACCGACUCCAUUAGGCUCCAAGAGCUCAAUAGCACUGAUGGGUAAACAUGCAGCAGGAGGCGUUACACCACCUGUUAGCACGACACCAAAGCGUCAGGUCUCAUCGGACAGAGCGAGGGUGCAGAGUUUUCUAGCUCAGCGCUCGUCCACGUCAAGUGUUGGAGCCAGUAAUAAUGCAACAGGUACAAGUGCAGCUACAACACCUGGUGGUUCUAAACCUACCAUGUCGGCGGUGGAGCGAGCCAAGUUGUUGAUGGCUAAGAAGACUGGAGGAACGGCAAGGACGGCUGGACUUUCAACGGCUGUGAAAAGAACAAACCCCUUAACGGACAUUCUAAGAGGAGGGUCUGGUAGUAUUGUAGGCGGGGUGCAUAAUGUAAAACGACCGAGGAGUAUCAAGAGUGACAAGCCAGGUGAGAUUAAAAUCCAGGGUGGACGCACGUCGAUCCAAUUACCACUCGAGAGUUUUUUAAGAAACGAAGACUGGGACUCGGCCACAGGAACCCCACUCGAUAUAGUUCUUCCGGAAGCGGCUUUUGCUACGAAUAACACGCUGAUUAUUCAUGCAACAAUGCCGCAAAGGUCGCCUCGUUGCUGUUUCAAUAUCAGCACGCAGGCGAGUAUGCUCAGCGGUGCACCGUACCCUGGCACGGUGCUAUACCACUUUAACCCGCGAUAUCAGAGAGGAGGACAUAUCAUUCAAAACAGCAACAUUGACGGACGAUGGGGCUGCUCGCAAGCACUGAAUCGCUUUCCAUUGACAUUUGGCGAGCCAUUUACCCUGCGUUUAACGAUUGUGUCUACUGGUUUUCUCGUAUUUAUUGAAGAAAUCUUUCAGGAUGAAUUUAACCACCGUGUACCUAUCCGCGAAGGUGAGAACCUUGUGCUGACGGUUCCUACCCGUGAUGAAAAUGGAAACCCGGAGGGCGUUAUUGUUCACAGCGUCUGGUGGGGCCACGCUGAAGUUCCGCCUAAUCUUGAUACUCGUCGGCGGGGAAGCAAUGGUGGUGGAUAUCGGGGACGAGGUCUUGAAGGCGAUCGUGGAGGCUACCGUGGUGGAAACCCUGGUCGAGGCGGCGAUCGUUUUCAUCCCACUCCUCAUCCAUUUGAGGUGUACGUUGGCAAUCUUCCACAAGGGACUUCACGCGAAGAGCUUUCGUUUCUGUUUCAGUAUCUGGGGUACGAAACCGUUCGCAUUACUGCUCGUGGGUUUGGCUUUGUGACGCUACGUAGCGCAGAGGAUGUGAAUCGAGCUGUAGAAGACCUGGAUGGGAAGGAGUUCAAUGGGAUGAAAUUACGUGUGUCGUGCGCACUUCCUCCAAAAUAA